GUUGCAGAAAAAAUUGGCGCCAAGUCUGAGAACUAGUCAGAUUUAUCCGCAGUUCAGCAAAAGCGGGUACCGUUUAGCUGCAGAAGUCUUUAGACCUGUUGGAGCGGGCGGUGACCGGCUGUACUGAAUACUAACGCUCCAUGUCUACAGAUAUUAACCAAGAAUCUGCGGAGAAACAGAGGUCAACAGAAUGGCUCUUUCCAAAGCUAUUUCAUCAGCAAGAUACUGGAGGUCAUCUGAUCAACAUAUCCACAUUAAUAAAUGCACGUUUGGAGAGCAGGCCAGAAACAAAAUGGACAAAGCAAAGCGUGAUCAACAAAGAGAUGUUAUUUUGCAGUGUGCCUGUGCUCUGUUGAAUUCUGGAGGUGGAGUUAUCUCAGCAGGGGUUGAAAAUGAGGACUAUGAUUAUUGUACCAUGAGUCUUGGGGAAGACAUGCAGAUGUAUUUGAAGAGUUUACUGAGUCCUGCCAAUAUUGAGGAUUUCAUUGAAUUUGUACCAUCUGGUAAUGCAUUACAAAUGUAUGUGAAGUCUUGGUGUUCACAUGAUAACAGAGCAAGACUCUGUAGUGUUGACAGCGGCUUAAAGGAGAGAUCAGGGACAUCCACGCUCUUCAUACCCCCUAGUGGGGUUUUGGACUUUAUAAAAAAGAAACGUCAGACUCUUUAUUCGGGUCCUCCUGCAAAAAAAAGAAAGUGGACACAAGGUGAUGAACUGAUCUAUCAGAAAGCUGAACAAUUCUAUGAAAAACGAGAGGCACGUCUUGGUCAGAUUUUAGAUUUUGGAGAAAGUGUAAAUGUUGAGUUUAAAAGCUUUGACAGUGAGAAGAAUCUGGAGAAGAGACUUAAGGAGAACCUUCCCAAAUACCUUUCAGCUUUUGGAAACACUAAAGGGGGGUUCCUAAUCAUCGGCGUUGAUGACCGAAGCAAAACAGUCAUUGGCUGUGGUCGGGGAAUGGAUGCCCAGACGAUGGAGCAGAUGAUCCAGGAAAUCUGUAACAGAGCAAAGACCCGGGCUUUUCAUCUCCUGGACUGUGCACGAAAAGAGGAAUGGUCCGUGGAUUGCGAAGUUUUCGAAGUUAUGGAAAACAGUGGCGAGGAACCUCGAUAUAUUGUUGGAUUUAAAGUUCCAGCCUUCUGCUGUGCUGUUUUUGAGGACAAUCCAAAAUGCUGGCAUAUUGAGAAUGAUGCCAUUACUCUACUGGACCCAAGAAGCUGGUUAGAGAAAAUUCAGCUCUGUGAUCCUGGUGAUGAGUUGAGCAGCCGUUUUAAUAAGGUCUUAAGUCUAAAAGACUCCCCACCUCAGUGCAGAGCGGUCUACAGCACCCAAGACAUCACAAAACUCCAAGAAAGAAUAUUCUCUGUUCGGGAGGAAAAUGUGUUGUCCAGGUACAUACCACAGGAGCUUCAGAAAUACGAAAAACUUUUAAACAUUCCUCCCAUUCAGUCGAGGAGUGGACCUGGAAUUUCAAUCAUGUCUACCAGCUGGGCCAUUGAUGUGAACCUACCACGAAACAAGGCUGUCAUCUGUGAAGCCCUGCUGAUCAGUACAGACUGCUACCCCACACUGUUCUGCUGGGCUGAAGGAGGCACUCCAGAACUUUGGCAGUACGUUAAUGACACUGCUUUCAGUCUGAAGCAGAAGUUGGUGAAUCUUGGCGGAUACAGAGGAAGGCUUUGUGUGAUCCCUUGUCUGGUUAACUGCCAGACAGGAGAAGUGAUCCAGAAUGAGACUGACGGUGCUCCUCCUUAUCCAGACAGUUAUACUCUGGGCCAUAUUGAAGAAGUACUGGCUUUACUACAGUCCUUAACUAUAGUUGUGAUGAGCAUCUCUUCACCUCUGAGUGACACACUCGGCUGCGAGUUCUUCAACCUGUUAACUGAGGUGCAGUAUGCCAUUCUAAGUAGUUACAAUGGUAUUAGAAGUCUAUUGAUCUACGGGCCUCCUGGUUCAGGAAAGACCCUGAUUGCCAUGGAAAAAAUACGGAGGAUAAAAAAUUCAGACAACUGUGAGGAUACGGACAUCCUGUAUCUCUGUGAAAAUGUGGGAUUACGAGACUUUGUAAGGAAGCAGUUCAUUUGCUUGUGUGAGACAAGAGCCAGCUUCAUGAAGAGUCCUGAGGAGACGUUUUCCAGGGUUAAGCACAUAAUUGUGGAUGAAGGUCAGAACUUUCGCCUGGAGCAUGGUGACUGGUACAAGAAGGCAAAUAGACUGGUAAAGAAAAAUGGUGGAAUUUUCUGGAUCUUUGUGGACUACUUUCAGAGAAGUCACACAAGCAGUAGUGGUCUGCCACCUCUGAAUUCUCAAAAUGAAGCUUUUCUCCGUGAGGUUGUACGAAAUUCAAAAGAGGUGUUUGAUGCCAUGUUAGAUCUAAUUCACCAAAUUGCUGAUAAUUCAAAACCUGAAGAAACAGCACACUUCCAGGAUAUGGUGAAGAAUGUAACACUGAGCCACUCUUUCAGAGGAAAGCUCAUCAGACGCACUAAUCUUCCAUCAGUGGAGACAGAAGUAGUUAAAAUAAUCAGAAAUCUUCUGCAACAAGGGCACUCUGCCAAUGACAUUGCCGUCCUCUAUUCCACUAAAGAAGAGCUUUGUAAAAGGGAGUAUGGUGUUAAAAAAGAGAAGUUGCCUGUCCAGUUUGGCAGUGUAGAGAACAUACACCAGGGCGUGGUUGUGCUGGACACCAUUCGUAGAUUUUCAGGCCUUGAAAGGAACAUUGUGAUUUUGGUGGACCCCACUGUUCAUUCGUUUCAAAAUGAGGUUGGGGUAAAUGUUCUCCUCAGUGCGUUCUCCAGAGCGAGAAUCAGACUGUAUGUGUUGCAGUCAAAGCGUUCAAUACUGACACCUAGAAUCCCUUUUUAGCUGGUUGUAAUAAAGUAAUGGUUUGGUUAUGAUCAGGGCUGGGAUUCUUAAAAAGAUGUUGAUGAACAGCAUAUGCACAAAAAGGAUUAGGUUAAAAAUAUGUAACAGUUGAGAUUUAGAAUCUAAUGUUUUGACUUGUAUAUUACAUUACUGUUUUGCAGCAGUAGGUAUGUUCUUCAGUACUUAAGACACUCUGCUCUGUAACUUUUUAAUAAUGUCCACUCACAGCUGAUGGUGGAAUAUCUGUUACCACACUGUUCUUUUUCAGAGCAAAAGCUGGUCAGGUGCUUGAUUUUAUUCAUCUGUGGCAAUAGGACUGAUUUGAACACUUCAUUUAAAUUACUUAAAUUAAAUGAAAAUGUAAUGAUUAAAGGAGAAAUCUGGUGUGAAAUAGAUUUGGGGUUUAGUAAAAAAUUAUGAGUGAACUUUUGUUGAAUUGUCCACCUCCAUUCUCUCCAAGCAUUCCCGAAUACAACACUUUUAGCCAUUGAUUUCAACAGGCUUACAAUGCUAGGAGUUCUUCUUUUUUAAUAGUGUCCACCAAUACUUAAGUAUCUAUUUUGUAGUUUUGAAAAAAAAAAUUGAUGUAACUUUCGCAUUUAUCCAGAUGCAUGAGUAUCAUAGAGCUGGGCAAUAUGAUAAAAAAUAUUUUCAUGAUACGCAAUAUUUAUUGCAAUGCUUGAGAUGCAGACAAAAUGUAUCAUCAGUAGUAGAUUCAUAAAAACAGAUUUUUAUUCGGUUUUUGCUGCAUUUUUCUAUUGGACUUUCUAUAUAUACAGAAAUAUUAGAGCUGGGUCAGUGUUUUCUUUAAGCAUUGAUAUUAUUGAUAUGCCUAUUUAAGCAUAUUGCUAAUACAAUAAAAUAUUGUCAUAUUUCCCAGCUCUGAAGUAUCAUCUGUGUUUUUCUGAUAUGUGUGCAUAAUUUAUGAUGUUAUAUAAUCAGUACAAAGCAUCACAAAAUGUUUUGUUUUGUCAUUGUUGACAGACUUGCUCAGAUAUGAGGCAUGAGCCUCUUAUAGCGAACAAACAGUGUGGUGGAGAGACAAAGCUUGACUAAGUGUUUUUAUAAGAAACACUGACUAUGUUUAGCAUUAACUGGACUUUGUCUUAACAAACCAAGACCUAUAUUAAACAUUGGUUGAGUGGGUUUCACAUGUACAAAAAUAUUACGUAACUGUAUCAUGUAUUGUCUUAUAUACAGAUGCAUAAAAAAUGAAUAUCAUUGAAUAGUAACUUUUAUUUCAGUAAUUCAGUUCAAAAUGUGCAACUCUUGCAAAUAUCUAUUUUAAGCGAUUAUUUCUCCUGGCUGUCAGUAAAUUUUCAUUUCAUUUGGAAAUCAAGGGAACAGAGUCUGGGCGAAGAAUAGAUCACUGUGUGUAGUAAUACAUUUAUAUAAUGAGUUUUACAUUUUGAACUGAAUUACUGAAAUAAAGUAACUUUUCUAUGAUCUUCUAAUUUUUGUAGAUGCACCUGUGAAUCUGUAUGAUUAUAUACAAUGUAAUCAUUGACAAGUAGCUCCAAAUGAAGAACUAGAAGUGUCUGUUUACUAUUUACUGUUUACUAUAUAACUGUAAAAUUAGCUACAGCAUCUUGUAUGUUCUGUUGUUUCUAUGUGUAAUUUCCAUGAUGCUAUUUAAAUCACGAUAUACAAUAUAAACCAGACUAAUUUUAUUUUCUGUGUCUAAAUGUAUCAAAGUUGUACUGUUUGCUUGUAAGGAUACCAAGUAAUGAAGUGUUGCCUGUGUUUCAGCUUGUUUUGGAAUGUGUUGCAGGCUUAAAAUGCAGGAAUGGAUGUUUAUUAAGUAAUUAAAUAAAGCAUGAAAUGUAUUCAUACUGUAAAGAAAUAAACUCUGCAAAGAAACUUCUGCAAAGAAAUAAACUCCAAAGUAAAUGAAA